AUGCGCUUCCUUCUUACGCUCGCUACGUUCGCUUCCACGGCCUUCGCGCAGACGGUUCAUACCGUCAGCGUUGGAUCUGCUGGGCUCACUUUUUCUCCGGAUUCUAUUACCGCCAAGACGGGGGAUACCGUGCAAUUCGUUUUCAAAGGAGGGAAUCAUACGGUCACUCAAGCGGCGUUUAGUAGUCCUUGUAAUCCCACCUCGAGGGGCUUUUCGAGCGGUUUCACUGGAUCUAGGUCCGAGAGUUUCUCGAUAAUAUUGGCGAAUACGGAUCCAAUCUACUUCUACUGCGCACAGCUAUCACACUGCCAACUCGGUAUGGUCGGCGCCAUUAACCCUCCCUCCUCCGGUAACACCCUCGCGGCCUUCAAAAGCGCCGCCACAAACGCUCGUACCCAAUCCACCCCGUCCUCUCCAUUCGGCGGUGUCAUUUCCAUCCAAGGAGGCGCUGUAUCGACAGCUCCAGGUGCUGUUCAAAGUGGAGGUGGGGCUACUACUCGUGCUACGGGUACUGGAGGCGCCGCUGCGACUUCUACUACUUCUUCUGGGCCUAAGCCGACUGGGAAUGGAGUUAUGGCGUUGACGGGGGAUAUGGUUAAUGUUGUAAUGGGGAUUUUUGGAGCUGUUGCGCUUUUGGUUUAG